AUUUCUCUUUGGAUUUGCUUGUAAUCAAGUUUAAUUUUGUGAAUUUUUUUUUCUUCUUCUUCUUCUCUGUUCUCAUCAUGUCUUUUGUUAAUAUUAUUUGGUGUUCUUAGUCAUAUGCUAUCUAAUUUAUCUUUGUUUUCUAUUUUUAUUGAUCAAUUAUUUGGAAGCAAUGGUUUUACUUUUAAAGAUAUUAAAAAAUUAACAGAAGCUACUGGGUAUGCUACUGUGGAUACAAGAGUAUUUGCUCCGAAAAAAAAUUUGAUCGCUAUUGAGGGAAUAAGUGAUACCAAAGCUGAUACACUUUUGUGUUUGUGUUACAUUUUCCUUUUGGGUCAAAUGUUUAAAUUAUUCUUUUUAGGCUGAUGAUCAAAAGUUAGAAUCAAUUGGGUUUACCAUUGCUAAGGGAUUUCAUAGAAAACGUUCCCAUACUAUUACCAUCACCACUGGUUCCAAACAAUUGGAUAAAUCAUUGGGCGGUAUAUUUGAAACCAGAUUGAAAAGAAAAUUAUCUGGAAAAUUUAAAUCCAGCAAAUCCCAACCAUGUCAAACGUUAGCAGUCACUUAUCAACACCCGGUAAAGGUGGUCCAGGAAGUGGUUCCUCACCUCCUUCGGGAAAUUUUAGUGUUUCACUCAGUCAUCUUCGUGAAUUAAUGGACUGCCGUGGACCCGAAGCUGUAGCAAAAAUUCAAAAAGAUUUUGGGGGUGUCCAAGGGUUGUGUCAGGGACUUCAUACUUCACCAAAUGAAGGCCUAAGUGGUUCGCCAAAAGAUUUAGAGGAAAGGCGAACUGUUUUCGGUUCCAACGUUAUUCCUCCUAAACCACCAAAAACAUUUCUUCAAUUAGUUUUUGAAGCGCUACAAGAUGUGACAUUAAUUAUAUUAGAAGUUGCCGCUAUUAUUUCACUUCUGUUAUCUCUUUAUUCACCACCCGAAGAUGAAGAAACAGCCGGAAAUGCUCUUGAAGAAGAAUCCGAAGCCGGUUGGAUUGAAGGAGCUGCCAUUCUAGUCAGUGUGUUCAUUGUUGUUUUAGUUACUGCCUUUAAUGAUUAUACCAAGGAACGACAAUUCCGUGGCUUACAGAACCGCAUUGAACAUGAACAUAAAUUCUCUGUGAUCAGAGGUGGUGAAGUUAUUCAGAUUCUCGUGAAUGAGAUUGUGGUGGGUGAUAUUUGUCAAGUUAAAUAUGGUGAUCUUCUUCCCGCCGAUGGAGUACUUAUUCAAAGCAAUGAUUUAAAAAUAGACGAAUCCUCCUUAACAGGGGAAUCGGACCAUGUAAAGAAAGGAGAAAAUAUAAAUCCACUCCUCCUCUCAGGCACUCACGUAAUGGAAGGUAGCGGCCGAAUGGUUGUGACCGCUGUUGGUAUUAAUUCACAGGCCGGUAUAAUAUUUGCUUUAUUGGGAGCUGCACAAACUGAGGAUGACGCUCAAAAAAAGAAAAGGAAAAAAGAAGCAAGAAACGAAAAGAAGAAAGCAAACCUUCCAGCCAGGAAAAGUGCAUGCUCCAAAAACGAUCUAAGCCCGGAAUUGAUUCCCUUAAACCAACCCAGUGCCUUCACAAAUAUAUAUGACGACGAAUCUAAUCAAGAUGCUGGUAACUCACAUACGAUGAAUGCAAUCACUGCCAAUACUCACGGUAAAGAAGAGGCACCAGUUGACUCGGAUAAACAGAAACAAGAAGAUGACACUAAUCCUAGAAAAGAGAAAUCAGUUUUACAAGCUAAAUUGACUAAAUUAGCUAUUCAAAUUGGUUAUGGAGGUUCUGCUGUAGCAAUAUUCACUGUUCUUAUCUUAAUUUUUCGAUUCGUAGUGAAAAAAUUUAUAAUCAAGAAAGAGCGAUGGUCAACAGCCCAUCAUUUAAAAUAUUUUGUCAAAUUUGUGAUCAUCGGUGUAACUGUUCUUGUAGUUGCUGUCCCUGAAGGUCUUCCACUUGCCGUAACUCUGGCACUUGCAUAUUCUGUCAAGAAAAUGAUGCUCGACAAUAAUCUGGUUCGUCACCUUGACGCUUGUGAAACUAUGGGUAAUGCUACUGCAAUUUGCUCCGAUAAAACCGGAACAUUAACAACAAAUCGUAUGACUGUGGUUCAGUGUCACAUUUGCGGUGAAAGAUAUACUUCUAUUCCUAAUUAUGCGCAACUUCCGGAAGAGGUUGCCCGCACCUCUAUUGACGCUAUAUCCAUCAAUAGUGCAUAUACCACCAGAAUCAUGCAUCCUGAUAACCCUGGUGAACUUCCCAAACAUGUUGGUAAUAAAACUGAAUGUGCUUUGUUGGGAUUCGUUCUUGCCCUUGGAAAAGACUAUCAAACUAAACGGGAUGAAAUUCCGGAAGACAAAUUGUACAAAGUUUAUACAUUUAAUUCAGUUCGUAAAUCAAUGAGCACCGUUAUUAGGAUUCCUGAUGGUUUUCGUGUUUUCACCAAAGGAGCCUCCGAAAUUGUUAUGAGAAGAUGUAUGUUUAUCUAUGGUAAAGGAGGUAAAAUCGAAAGGUUCACCAAAGAAGAUCAAGAAAGAAUGGUGAAAGAAGUAAUUGAACCAAUGGCCUGUGAUGGUUUACGAACCAUCUCAGUGGCAUUUAAAGAUUUUGUUAAGCGAAAGCCUCGAUCCUCAAAUGAGGUUCAAAUCGAAACAGAGCCAAAUUGGGAAGAUGAAGAUUUUAUCAUCUCUCGUCUAACUUGUCUCUGUAUACUUGGCAUCGAAGAUCCCGUCCGACCUGAGGUCCCUGAUGCAAUUCGUAAAUGUCAAAGGGCAGGUAUAACAGUUCGUAUGGUAACUGGUGAUAAUGUGAAUACCGCACGAUCGAUUGCGUUAAAAUGUGGUAUUAUUAAACCUGGUGAAGAUUUUAUUGUUUUGGAAGGUAAAGAAUUUAAUAAACGAAUUCGAGAUUCAGCAGGACAAGUACAACAAUCGUUAUUUGAUAAAGUUUGGCCUCGUUUACGCGUUUUAGCCCGAUCAUCACCCUCAGACAAAUAUAUUUUAGUGAAGCAUAUAAUUGAAAGUAAACUUAACCCUAACCGUGAGGUUGUUGCGGUUACCGGUGAUGGUACCAAUGAUGGUCCUGCAUUGAAAAAGGCUGAUGUCGGUUUUGCCAUGGGAAUGGCAGGUACCGAUGUAGCCAAAGAAGCCUCUGAUAUUAUUUUGACUGAUGAUAAUUUCAGUAGCAUUGUUAAAGCCGUUAUGUGGGGACGAAACGUUUACGAUAGUAUUGCCAAAUUUUUACAGUUUCAACUGACCGUUAAUGUUGUUGCCGUUAUUGUAGCCUUUGUUGGUGCUUGUGCUAUUGAAGACAGUCCAUUGAAAGCUGUUCAAAUGCUAUGGGUUAACUUAAUCAUGGAUACUUUAGCCUCAUUAGCACUCGCAACGGAAAUGCCAACACCAGCCUUGCUCUUACGUAAACCCUAUGGACGGACUAAACCUCUUAUAUCGAGAACUAUGUUUAAAAAUAUUCUAGGCCACGCUAUUUAUCAAUUAAUUAUAAUCUUUUUUCUUUUAUUUGGAGGUGAUAAAUUUUUUGAUAUCGAUUCUGGAAUGUAUGCUCCAUUGAAUGCGCCACCAUCGCAACAUUUUACUAUCAUUUUCAAUACUUUCGUAAUGAUGACAUUGUUCAAUGAGAUAAAUUCCCGUAAAAUUCAUGGGGAACGAAACAUCUUUGAAGGUCUUUUCACCAAUCCCAUAUUCUAUUCCAUUUUAUUUAUCACCGCGGGUGCUCAGAUAAUAAUUGUACAGUUCGGUGGACGAGCUUUUUCUACAGCAAGGUUAACACUAGAACAAUGGCUUUGGUGCAUAUUUUUCGGACUUGGAGUCCUUGUUUGGGGUCAAGUAAUCACCACCGUUCCCACCAAAAGGAUACCAAAAAAGUUUACAUGGGGAAGUGGAACACCGGAAGAUAUUAUGGCUGCCCGAAGUUCCCUUGUUGAAGAUGGUUCCAGUGGAUCUUUGUCACAAGAUGUUAAACGAACCGGACAAAUCCUCUGGAUUCGUGGUUUAACCAGGCUACAGACCCAGCUUCGAGUAGUCAGGGCAUUUAAGAGCACAUUGGAAGAUAUGGAGGACAAACGUAGCAUUCAUAGUUUACAUUCUCUGAGAAGCAGUCGUAGUCAUCCUGGUCCUCGUCCGAUGUCCGAUAUAUCGUAUAUCGAUGAGGAUGAUAAAACUCCUUCUCCGUACGAUUAUCCGUACGAUCUUAGCAUCAACAGUUCAAGCUCAAGUAAAGCACCAUCAUUACAUCAACAACAACAGCAGUCAAAUCAACAACAACAACAACAACAAUACCAGAAUCAACAUUUAAAUAAUCAACAACAUCAACCAUCAAACCAACAACAAUCUUAUUUUCAACAUUCAUCUCGAGAUAAUUCAUCAUCAUCAUCAAUGAUUUCCAAUAAUAAUCAUACAAAUCAAUCAUCUCGUCGUCAUCCACCUCCUCUUUAUCGAGGUGCAACUCUUGCUGGUAACAUUGUUGGUCCCUAUGGAGAGUCUGGGUUACCCUUUAACUCUAAAGGUUCAACCGCAAUGGAAUCAGCAUCUUCAAUUCAACAACGUGAACUUGAACGAAGUAAAAGUGCUCCAUUAUCGAGUUGGCAGUUAGCCGGAAAUGGUUCUAAAUCAUCUCGUUCAAUCGGAAUCUCAGAAGAGGCCAAAACUGGAAUAGUAGGAGGAGGAGGAGGAGGAAACGGAGGUAACAAAGGAUCAGUUGCAACAUCAAUAAGCUCCUCUUCACCAUCACCAGUCGGUCCUAACGGGCGAUCUCAGGCUGCCCUUAAUAACCCUCUAGUCCAAGGUUAUCACCUUCUAACUGAACCUAGUCGUAUUCAUGAAACAAGCAUUUGAUGAGAGAGUAUAUAACAACCUAAUAUAUAUAUUAAUCAAUAAUAUAUAUAUGAUUGAUAUUGAGCAUUGAAAUUGAAGUUUAAUCAAUAGUUUUAAUUUUUCUUACGUAUAUUGAUCACGACAAACUCACAAAGACAAGAUAAAAGUUAAUCAGCACCAUUGAUUAAACCUCCCAAUACACAAUUACAAUAACCUGCAACCCAAUUGAGAUUUUAAAUUGUUCAACUGUUUAAAUCAAUGGAAAAGACAAAAUUUACAAUUUAGUCUAUUAGCUGAUAUAGCUUUUUGUUUUCUAUUAUUAUUAAUAUAACUUAUUAUUACCAAUUAUGCAUUUUAUGCGUAACAACAAUUAAACUAAUUGAUUAAACUUUAUUUUCAAUGCUUUAUAUAAAUAUAUAUACACAAAAAAAAAACACUCUAAUAUAAUAUAUAAACGGUUAACAAUCCAAAUAAACAAAAAACAAACUUUUUUUGUUGAUUUUUCUCCUUUUAUAAUUGAAAUUAGUUUUUCGUCAACAAUUACAAUUCAAAUUUCAUUUUCAUUGUUUCAUAUUCGCUAAUUUAACUAAUUCCGUGCGCGAUUAUAACGGUUUUUUAUUAUCAUUAUUAUUCUCUCACUCUAUCGCCUACUACUACUAACAUUAAUAUAAAGAAUUCUAAUUAUAUUCCCUAGUUAAUUAAUAAUUAUUUUCUUUCAUUGGAUCACGUGGUCUGUUUCGAAAAUCUCUAACCUUUACAAUCCUUUGCUUUGUUUUUCUUUUCUCUCUCUCUCUCUUGUUUGCUUCGAUUAGAAUAUAAGAUAACGGUAAAAAAAAGUUCUAUUUGAUUUUGUUUUGAUUUUUAAUUCUAAUUAGUGAGUUACAAUCAUCUGAUUGUAACAUUCGUGCUGUAUGAGCCUCGGUCGCUGAUUUAUAACUUAAUUUAAUUUCUCACUUUUAAUUGUGACGCUUAACUUUUUUUUUCUCUGAAAAUUUAAAUCACUAUUAGUUUCUCUUUCUUCACCUUCUCUCUCUCUCUCUCUCUCUCUUCUUCUUCUUCUUCUUCUUCUUCUUUCUGUUUGUUUGUUAUUCUAAUUAAUCAAAGUGAAUUAAGAUGUGCUAAGGGAAUCUAAUCUUUCCAAUUGAUCCUUUCCCUUGUCAUUAGAUAAUCUUAUCCAUCUCUAUUCCACCUUCUCACCUGAACAAAACCCUUUACCCUUUCAUCUUCCAUCCAUUCAUCAUCUUCAUCCUUUUUUCUGUCGAGUCAACUCAUAAUUUCUCUCAAUACAACGAAAAGCCUUUCAUCUUCUUUCAGUAUAAUUGUAAUUACUAGUUAAUUAUUAUUAUUCUUAUUAUCUCUUAAUCAGUGUCAAUAUAUUGAAGUUUUGCCUUCGACGCCUUAUUCCUAGCCACUUAAAGGAAUAGAAAGUGUCAAUGAGUGUUUGUUAAUUAACUAAUCAGACAAGAAAAAGCAAAUUAAUAAUAAUCAAUGCAAUAGCAAUUUAAUCCUUCUCUCUCAUUCUCAUUCUCACUCUCCCUUUCUCUAAAUUGAAUCACAAUAAUCAUAAUAAUUAUCUUCUUUUCCAUUUAUUGUAUCAAUUUUUCUUCAUCUUUUUCUCUCUAUUUUUUUUCUCUCUCCAUCAUUAUCGUCAACCUCUAGUUCCUUUUUCAUUUUCAUUUCCUUUUUCUUCAUCUUUAUCUUAAUCCACUAUUCGCUUCUUAAUCAUCAUUUGUGAUCCUUUUUCUUGGUUAGUCAUUAUUAUUAUUAUUACUAUUGGAAAAGGAUGAUAAUUAUGGAUGAAAAUAUAACAAUCGAUAUGUUAGAAUGAUGAUAAUACUCAUGAUAAUUAUUAUAAUUUAGAUGAAAAAAUUGAUUAUAAUUAAUCAGAAACAAAUUACAAUGAAAUGAAAACAACGAUUAACAAAGCUCAGUCUCUAUCUCCCUCUCCCUAUCUCUCUCUCUCUCUCUCUCUAAGAUUCAUUUUCAUUCAUCAUCCUUGUCAUCAUUCUCAUCGUCCUGCCUCAUCUUUCUUUUCUCUUUCCAUCCUUUCAUCCAAUCUUGUUCUUCUUCUUUAAUCAAUCACAAUUAAUAAAUGAACUAUAAACUUAACUAUUGACUCGACAAUUUGGUCAAAACCACGAAUCGUAAAUCAAAAAAAAAACUUUAAUCAACAAAAAAUUUUCUUCUUGUUCAUCUUUCUUCAUGAAAACAAUGAAUCUUUUUCUCUGUUCCAAAAAAAAAUCUCAUAGGAUAAUUCAAAUUGAUUGACAAACAAAAUUGAAUUUACAAUUGUUAUUUAAAACGAAAUCAUUUUUUUUUCAAAUACAAUAAAAACCUCUCACACACUCA